GAACUGCAGGUAGUCCGCCAUUGCUGUAUGAACAACUCUCGGGUCUGGCGUUUGGCUGUCAACAAUAAACUUGCGGUGCCGGGACGCGGAGCUACGAGGUCGAGUGAAAGCUCGUUGGCUGCUCCUCAAACCGGUAGUCAUCCCCCCUCCCGUGGCGCAUACUUUCAUGUGAAUACAGAGCCCACGGACGAGGCAACCAUGUCCAAUCUCAGCAAAGGCGGCACCAAGAAGGACACCAAAAUGAGGAUACGGGCCUUUCCUAUGACGAUGGAUGAAAAGUAUGUCAACAAUAUCUGGGACCUUUUGAAGAAUGCCAUCCAGGAGAUUCAGAGGAAGAACAACAGCGGCCUGAGCUUUGAGGAAUUGUACAGGAAUGCCUACACAAUGGUGCUCCACAAACACGGAGAGAAGCUGUACACAGGCCUGCGGGAAGUCGUCACUGAACACCUCAUCAACAAAGUACGAGAAGAUGUCCUCAACUCCCUAAACAAUAACUUCCUCCAAACCUUAAAUCAGGCCUGGAAUGACCAUCAAACAGCGAUGGUGAUGAUCAGAGACAUACUGAUGUACAUGGACCGGGUAUAUGUACAGCAGAACAACGUAGAGAACGUCUACAACCUGGGUCUUAUCAUCUUUAGGGAUCAGGUGGUUCGUUACGGCUGCAUCAGAGACCACCUCCGGCAGACCCUCCUGGACAUGAUCGCACGAGAGAGGAAGGGAGAGGUGGUGGACAGGGGGGCCAUUAGAAAUGCUUGCCAAAUGUUAAUGAUCCUUGGCCUUGAAGGGAGAUCGGUUUACGAAGAAGACUUUGAGGCGCCUUUCUUAGAAAUGUCUGCAGAAUUUUUCCAGAUGGAGAGCCAAAAGUUCCUUGCAGAGAACAGUGCCAGUGUGUACAUAAAGAAGGUGGAGGCCAGAAUCAACGAGGAGAUUGAGCGGGUGAUGCACUGUUUAGACAAAUCUACAGAGGAGCCAAUUGUUAAGGUGGUGGAACGUGAGCUCAUCUCCAAACACAUGAAGACGAUCGUAGAGAUGGAAAACUCUGGCCUGGUGCACAUGCUCAAAAAUGGCAAGACGGACGAUUUGGCGUGCAUGUACAAGCUGUUCAGCAGAGUUCCCAAUGGGCUGAAGACCAUGUGUGAGUGCAUGAGCUCGUACCUUCGAGAGCAAGGCAAGGCCCUUGUGUCAGAGGAGGGGGAGGGAAAGAAUCCUGUUGACUACAUCCAGGGUUUGCUGGACCUCAAGUCACGUUUCGACCGCUUCCUCCAGGAGUCCUUCAAUAACGACCGGCUCUUCAAGCAAACUAUUGCAGGAGACUUUGAGUACUUCCUUAACCUUAACUCUCGCUCACCGGAGUAUCUCUCACUCUUCAUUGAUGACAAACUGAAGAAAGGAGUCAAAGGGUUAACGGAACAGGAAGUGGAGUCUAUACUAGACAAGGCCAUGGUUCUGUUCCGCUUCAUGCAGGAGAAAGAUGUGUUUGAGAGGUACUACAAGCAGCACCUUGCUCGCAGGCUGCUCACCAACAAGAGCGUCUCAGAUGACUCUGAGAAAAACAUGAUCUCAAAGCUCAAGACGGAGUGCGGCUGUCAGUUCACCUCUAAGCUGGAGGGCAUGUUCCGGGAUAUGAGCAUCUCCAACACAACCAUGGAUGAGUUUAGACAACAUCUACAGACCACAGGGGUGUCACUUGGAGGAGUCGAUCUCACUGUGAGAGUCCUGACCACGGGAUACUGGCCAACACAAUCAGCAACACCCAAGUGCAACAUCCCCCCUUCGCCGCGUCAUGCAUUCGAGAUCUUUAGAAGGUUUUAUCUUGGGAAGCACAGCGGCAGACAACUCACACUGCAGCACCACAUGGGCUCUGCAGAUCUAAACGCCACUUUCUACGGCACGAUCAAAAAGGAGGAUGGCUCAGAGGUCGUGGUAGGAGGAGCUCAGGUUACCGGAUCCAACACCAGGAAACACAUCCUGCAGGUCUCCACUUUUCAGAUGACCAUCCUCAUGCUUUUUAACAACAGAGAAAAGUCCUUCUUUGAGGAGAUCCAGCAGGAGACAGACAUCCCAGAGAGGGAGCUGGUGCGUGCACUGCAGUCUCUGGCCUGUGGGAAACCUACUCAGAGAGUUCUCACUAAGGAGCCCAAGUCCAAGGAGAUUGAGAAUGGCCACGUGUUUACAGUUAAUGACCAGUUUACCUCUAAACUACAUCGUGUCAAAAUCCAGACAGUGGCUGCCAAACAGGGCGAGUCAGACCCAGAGAGGAAGGAGACACGACAGAAAGUGGACGACGACAGAAAGCAUGAGAUCGAAGCUGCCAUUGUUCGAAUCAUGAAAUCCAGAAAGAAGAUGCAGCACAAUGUCCUAAUAGCAGAGGUAACGCAGCAGUUGCGAGCACGAUUUCUCCCUAGUCCCGUAGUAAUCAAGAAGCGCAUUGAAGGACUCAUUGAGCGGGAAUAUUUGGCACGAACACCAGAGGACCGGAAAGUGUACACUUAUGUAGCAUAAAGCAAGUCAAUUCAAUGAAAACUAACUUGGAGUUGAAAGCAACUGAGAGCCUUGUUUUUUUGUGGACUGCUAUGCGUUUGAAAGAACUUGGAAGUGCUUUCAGCAUUCAUUCUGGGAAACACUGGGAAGCUUAACUUUAUCUUCCAUGAAAAUGUGUUUUAAAAAAAACCUUGGUGAAGUUGGGGAAGUUUUCUAGCAAUAUAAGAUUACUUCAGCUGAAAAAAAAGAAUGGAGGGGAUCUAGUUUUUUUUUUUUUAAAUCAUGUUUCUUGUGGCCUUUGGAGAGAUUUGGACAACCUGUUGUGACAAUUAACGACAUGAUGUCGAGAACGAGAGUGAACAUGUCAAAGAGAACAUGCGGCUACAUGGAGACCAGGAAAAUAUUUGAAAUCACUCCCGUUUUAAAUGUUUGUGUCAAUGUGUUCUUUUUUUGUUUUCUUUUUGUCUUUCUUUUUUUUGUGGCACAUUGAUAGCUGUACAGGAUGACAGACACUCUUGGCCUUUUCCUCCCAGAGGAUUUUAAAUUGAAAGCAGAGGUGGAAGUCUGAACUGGUACAGACCUGGUUUACAACAACUGUAAAGGUCCAUUUUGAGUACUUGAGCAAUCAUGGAGUGCUUAACUUGUGUUGCAGUUCUGUCGGUUUUUGUUGAGGUUGUUUUAAUAUCUGAUUAAAAAAACUAAGUGCACCUCACAUAGCCAAAAUAUUUAAUGUCAUUUUCAAUAUUUUAGCCAGGUCUGUACUUGUGCUUAGAGAGCUGAAGAGCUGUAGCUUCACAGCAUGCUUUUGUCCAGCAGAUGGAUCAGAGGAAUAUGACACACAAAAGCUCCAUAAACAGUGUUUGGUCUUUCGUGACACAUUUUUCACUUCAGGCCUGCUGUAUGAAAGGCCAAAAAAUGUAUUUCCUCUCUUUGAAUGGAAGGUUCUCUUGUGGUGCAGGUUACAGAGGACUUUUUUUUCCAUUCUCGACUGCAUUUUGAACGGGUGGAACCAGUCCAGCACCAUGUUCUAAUGUGUACAAAUUGUAAAAUAAUUAUUGUACUCACUGCAAAGGUGGAUUGUACAGGGCCUUGUUUUCAUCAUAUUAAAUGUAGAAUAAAAAAGUGAAGGGA